AUGAGUGCUGGAAAUCAGUCGAACAACAAAGCCGAGUGUGUGAAAGUCGUAAACAAACUUUUUACCGACAUCAACUUUUUAAUCAGCUCAUUCGAAAAGGGAAAUAGUACGGAUAACGUCAACAGGCUCAAGGCAAUUGAACAAGCGGGUGAACAGUUAAAGGCAAAUAUUCGGCAAAUACCUGAUAUUGACGGCGAAGAAGGAGACCAGUUAAUUAAGAUCCAGGAUCUUUACCGGCAAAUCGCGUCGAAUGGUGAUAAAAACGACAUCUCAAUCCAAUGUGAAUACUGUUCUUGCGUUAUUGCUCUGGCAAACGUGGCCUCAUGGAGCGACGAAUCACACGAGUUGCCGCUAGCUUGUCAACGUCGUCAAAAUCAAAACACCGGCGGGGUUGACAAAGAGCUUUUGUGUGAGUGGUGGAUUCUAGCAAAUAUGAUGGAUUUUGAAAACGUCGGGUUUACACACUCAGUGGAUGGGGUCAAAUUUCUUACUUGUGCUGAAUGCGAUUUCGGGCCUAUUGGAUUUGUGAAUAAGGAAACUGGUCUACAUCUGAUUGCCCCAUCGCGCAUGACCGAAAAAGAAGAAAAAGCCGUCGAAAUAACACCACAGGUCUUGGGAUCAACGGUUGAGCAACCACUUGAUCUCAUUCGCUUAAGUCUUGAUGAAAAGGUCUAUGUGAAAAUGCGAAAUGAUAGAGAGAUCAGAGGAAAAUUGCAUGCUUUUGAUCAGCAUUUGAACAUGAUUUUGUCGAACGUAGAGGAGACGGUGACAACUGUUGAAGUGGAUGAAGAAUCUUUCGAGGAAAUCUAUCGUCAAACAAAGAGAACAUUACCGAUGUUAUUUGUGAGAGGCGACGCGGUGAUUCUCGUUUCUCCUCCAAUGAAAACUUCG